AUGACGGGACAAUGCACGUCGGAAACAUUCGAUUUCUCUCAGCCAAUAUUUAGAAGUCAACAGAUAUCCUUAUUAGAUUUUGACAAAGCGGUAGUUACACAUGUCGUUUCUGGAGUUGAGCGGGUCGAAGUCAGUGAAUCAGCAGGUUACAACCUCUAUCUAAGUGCCAAAAUCGACGGCCAAUCUCAGCUAGUCAUUAGCACUACACCAGAGUUCGAGCGCUACGCCGUAACGGAAAAAUAUCUCACGUUGCACUGCACGCUGGCCUUCACCUGCUCGGAUGAGACUAAAAUAACAAUCCGAGUCCAAGUACCCAUUAAAGAAGAUGAAAAUCUAUAUGAGCCCACUUUUUCCAAGAGUAUAUACGAGUUCCAGAUUCCAUUACCUCUUCCGAAGGAUUUUGACUUCUCUUGCGCAUCGGCAGCGGACGGUGGACAAAUUGUUGCCACCGAUUUCGAUUUAACAGACAACAGCGUGACGUUCGCGAUUGAGGAUAACCCCUACUUUUAUGUCGAAACACAUCCGGGUGAAUCUGAGAAGCAUUUCGUUGCAAAGCUGAAAACUAAAGCUACUCUGACAAAGCUAGACAGUGUUAUUUCGAUAAUAAUUACUGGAACGGACGAAGGGAAAGAACCUAAAACGGGAACAGCUGAAGUACGAAUAUCAGGAGAUCCGCUCAUACCGUACAUCGAACCUCCUCAGUUUCAGCAGUCGCUCUACAAGUAUACCUAUGCGUUGGAUUCGGAGGCCUUUCCAAUCAUUCAAAUAAGCCUGCAGGCUAACACCUUUGAUAGUACAGUAAGAUAUGAGCUCAGUGGAGAGGAUUCCCAGCUAUUCGAGCUGGCUGUUGAGGCCAACAACGGCGGAGCCAGGAUUUCACUGCGAUCGGAGGCUGUGAUUCCCGACGAAAAGACUUUCCUGAGUACGAUCGUAACGGCCAGUCGAUCCGGAGCCGAGCUGGACGGUCGGACGGCCAUCGUUGUACAACUGGAGCGUGCGGUUAAAACGGUGCCAUCCUUCGAGCAGUCCAUGUACGGUGGAAGCGUCAGCGCCGAGAAAGUGAUCACGAUGGAACGGAACAUUCAACUGAAGGUCGAAACAAACGGGGAGGAUGUAGUGCCUGUGCUGGUUGGAGAAGAUGCGAAAUAUUUCCGAGUUAGCAAGGUUGAACACUCGAUCAGUUUGGCUGGUUCGGAGGAACUAACCGAUGAAGUGUUGAAGGACAAGUUCUACUUUCACUUCGCUGUGGAGGCACGGAAGGCCGAUGUGGACUCCGGAGUUGCGUUUGUGGUUUUGGACGUUCUGAAGGCGGAUGAAGUUGUUCCAAAGUUCGAACAAUUGUACUAUGAGGGUACUAUUACGGAAACGGGAGAGUUGGAUAUGGUAGAAGUACGAAUUGCCGAGGAGACCUAUGAGGAGAGCCUGCAGUUUACGUAUUCGGGUGAUACAGACUUAUUCUUAUUUUCAAGAGAUCAAAAUAAGAUAACCAUUGCUCCAAAUGAAGUUACUGAAGAUAAACUAGCAGGGAAGGUGUAUCUUUUGGUGAAAAUAACUGCUUCUUUGGAGGAGGAAGCCGUUGCGGAAACGAUUGUGGUUAUAAGAGUUGUGAGGCCAUCGAUAGUCAUUCCAGCUUUCGAACAUAACUUCCUCCAAGGUCAACUCAUUGCAGCAACACAGGAACUAACGGCACUGAAAGUAGUAUUAGUUCCAGAAACUUUUACGCCAGAGACCCUCCUCAAUCUUCAAGACUCAAAAAAUCUAUUCGAGUUGAAACCCACUGACGUUUCUAAUGAGUUUAUGGUUGUUUUGAAAGAAGACGUCACGAUUCCAGGGGACUCACAUUUGACACUAACUCUAGAGGCAACCAAUCCGAAGUCAUUAGCUGUUAACUGCUUCAUACUGAUCGAAGUACUUCAUACGCAGCCGGUUACUCCGGCAUUCGAACAACCGCUUUAUCUGGGUCAAAUAGAUAGUAACAACCAGCUGGAAGAACUUAUACUGAAACUAAAAACGGGAACAUACGACAGUUCGGUCGUGUUUUCAUUAUCCGAUCACGAUGCUGAACUCUUUGUAUCGCGGAAACUGGACACCAACGAACUGCUGAUCACACUAAAAGAAACUGUCAGCGAAGAGGAUCUUGCCGAUCGUAGCAGCCUGCGUUUGAACGCUCACGCAAGAAUGGGCGAUUCGUUAGAGACUUCCGUUCCGGUGGUGAUAUUUAUUCAAGGAGCAGAAGUGAAGUUUCCCAUGUUCGAGAAACCGCUCUACAAGUCCCGCAUUGGUACGGACCUUCAGCUGGUGCCGUUUGAGCCCAUCAAAUUCACGGAGGAUUUCAUUGCCGAAGAACUGGAGCUGAAGAUACUGCUGAGUAAUACGGAUUUAUUCCUGGCGGUGUUGAACGAAGAGCUGCAGAGCGUGGCGAUCAGUUUGAGCCGAGAAUUGACCCCGAAUGAUUUAGAUGGACUGGAAAGGUUUGAGUUUGUUGUGCAGGUUUUGAACCCUGCCGUUGGAUCCGGGUUUACCACAAUUCUGGUUGAUAUCGUGCGUGAAGUGGUGGUACUUCCGGAGUUUACUGCAGCUUCUUACAGUGGAACAAUCGUGGAAGCUACGAUGGAAAUGAGUUUUUCGGAGACAAUAACCCUGAAGGAUGGAACCGUGACGGAUGAGGUGUCUUAUCAAGUGCUUGGCGAAGAUGGUGGCCUGAUUAAUUUGGCGAUAAAUGAAGAUGGAAGUUUAAAGUUGACACUCAGGGAAGGAAUUACAGCGGAGGACCUCAAAGAAAAAUGGCAACUUAAUUUUGUAGUUCAUGCCAGUAACCCUGGCAGUCCGGUAGCGUCGACCGGUGUGGUCGUGCGAAUAAUUCGCCCAAUGCAAGCAACCUUCACAAUGCCAUCUUUCUCUGGUAUUCUACAGGAAGGUCAAUUGAUAGUAAAUUUUGGAACUAACCAAGUUAAGUUAAAGGAAGGAACGAUGCAGGAAGAUACUCAGUUUUUACCAACCGGGGAUGAUUAUGAACUGUUCGAGGUAUCCCUUCAGCCGGAAAGUGUGAUUCAAGUAGCCCUAAAAUCCACGGUUAACUGGAUCCAAAUUCGUAAUCGAGCUCACCUUGGCUUCCACUUGGAAGCUUCAAACCCUGGAAGUGACAGAUCUUACGCAACAAUUUUUGUAACAGUUGAAAACAACCCGGUCGUUACGCCCGUAUUCACCAAGGUCCUCUAUCGGGGAUCACUGCAGAAGACGACCAAAGAAAUUACCUUUUCCGCAUCAGAAAUCAUCACCCUAGAAAGUGACAGCAUAACUGACACCCUAUCGUUUCGAGUUAUUAAAGACGAUCAAGCAAUGUUCGAUGUUACUCGAGAUGCUAACAAAUUCAAGGUUGUUCUGAAGGAGACUGUCACCGAGCAGGACUACGAAGGACGGGAUUUGUUGAGCUUCCAAAUUGAAGCCAACAACCAGUACGGACCAACAGACAGCACCACGGUCAUAAUCGAAAUACAGCUGGAUGAAAUUAUUUCUCCCCAGUUUGUGAACUUCAUGUACGAAGGAUCGAUUGCUGAGGGAUCGACGGAGAUAAAUUUGAGCAAAGAAAUAACCUUCCGUGAUGGUACGUUUGGUCCAGCAACUACGGUAGGUCUCCUCGAUGGGGAUUCCAAUUGGUUCAAUGUACAAAGAUCGGAUUCGUUGGUGACGAUUUCGGUGAAAAGUGCCAGCACAAUCGAAUGGGAACAGAUAAAGGCUCGAAAUUACCUCGGCUUUGCAGUUCAAGCUACAAAUCCAGGAAGUCCGGUUGUUGAUGCAUUCGUAACCCUAGACAUACUUCGCCCGGCAAUUGUAAGCCCCAAGUUUAAAAGUUCAUCAUUUCAAGGUUAUUUGGAGGAAGGUCAACGGCUGGUAACAUUCCCCGAUGGCAAGGCAAUUGAGCUGGAGGAAAGUAGUUUGCUUUCGGGAUACACUUCUGAACUACUUGACAACGAUCAUAACCUUUUCGAACAUGAAGUAGAGAGCAAUCGAGUAGUAGUUUCACUGAAAAACGAUGUCACCGAAGAACAGUUAGAGAACAAAAUUUAUUUACAAUUUACUGUGGCUAUCAGUAAUCCCGGCAGUGAAAAAUCCCUGGCAACCGUUGUUGUAGACUUGAAGCGCGAAGCAAUUCCUGUCAAAAUCCCGAUGUUUGAGAAAACAGUUUACCACGCUACGAUCGGAUCCGAUUACAGACUAAGCGUAGAAAAUUCCAUUUAUGUUUCGGAAGGAACGUACACCGAUGAUGUUCUGUUUAUGAUAGUGGAAUCAAAUAGUGACUUGAUUAGAGUUGUUCAGAAUCAAAGAGAAGCCAUGAUUCAGCUAGCGAGAACGAUAACUGCAGAGGAUUUGGAGGGCUUGGAAAGCAUACACCUGACCAUCAAGGCUGUCAACGAGCUAGCUUGGAGCAACUGUUUCCUUUACGUGUCACUUCCAGUCGAUGAAAAUGAACCCUGCACUCCAUUGCCACCAAUAAUCGAUUGUACGGAUUGCUAUGACUGCUCAACUGGAGAACCUCUUGACGAUGUGCCCUACUUCCCGUACGGCAACUAUCGUUUCCACGUUAAAUCCGAUAGCUCUGGUAUGGUCGGAGUAAUAAGAGCUUCUGUCAAGGACCCGUCAAUAACUCUGGAACACGUAGCUGAUAUAAGUGACACGUAUCUAAAGCUGAGAAUCACUGUUUCAACGGACGGAGUCCUCCGUAUUGUGCAACCAUUAGUUCCCAAUCAGUACAACUUUUUAGUCACCGCCGUAAGCUCGACCUCUCAGAAGCAAAGUACCGUCAAUGUCAUCCUGGACGUUACUCAAGACCAAGAAUGUCCCAAUGACCCAGAAUCCCCCAAGAGCAUUUCCGUCAACAAACUACUGCUGAUCGAAUCCUUGGAAGAAGAAACCGCCCAUUCCAACAUAUUCCCCUCGCAACUAGCCGAUUGCGAAUACGAACUGCUCGACGAGAAGCCAUUCCUGGCGUUCAACUACUUCUUCAUCGAUCCCGAAACCCACUGGCUGACGGCUAAACCAUUCGAUCGGGAAAACACGACGCUCUUCCAAAACAUGCCAGUACCACAGUUCCAACUACGGCUGCGUCUGGUCUGUGCCGUUCCAGCAACUCCCUCCUCGUUUGGAGACAUCACGAAACGAUCGCUGAUCGAAACCGAUGAACUGAACUUUGCACGGGAUGUUACCGUAAUCAACGUUGUCGUGGUGGACGUCAACGAUAAUGAUCCAAGCUUCGUUAGACCGUCACCCACUGCCCAGGACUUCCACUUGGGAUUCCCGGCACCGUCGAUAGCCGCUGGACUAUUGGUUCCCCACUUGUUCACCGUCGAGGCGACUGAUCUGGAUGAAGGACUCAAUGCUCAAAUCCGGUAUAGUUUGCUUACAGAAGACAACUUUGGAAUUGAUCCGGAAAACGGGUUAAUUUUUCCACUGAAAAAUGCCAUGCACUCAAACGAGUUGGUUUCGUUGGAAGUUACGGCAACUGAUCGCAAUGGAGCGUCCGAUGGAAGAAGCUCACGGGUAAUGCUGCAUGUUCAUCGUUUGGAAGAGGAUAAUUUGCUGCUGUUGACGGCAGCAGGGUUCGAAGACGUCGAGAGUUUGAUUAAUGGCAUUAAUCAAAAUGCAAAUGACGUUCAACUGAGAUCACUAAUGGAAGCAAAAGUUCCAGCAUUCGAACAGCUAGAUGAGAGUCGAACACCUACUCAAAGACAGCAAGAAAACAUCGUCAUGCGUUUGAUUGUAUACGCAUUUAAUAGCGAGAAUGUUUUGCAAGAUGCGGAUUCUAUAAAACGAGUGAUCCAAUCAUCAAUGCUUGCGGACAGUAUUACCGUUGAGACAUACCAGGAAGCAGGAUGCUCUGGCUCAGGAAGUUCUGGAGGUUCUGGUGUGUGCAGUCCGCAACACAGUUGUGAAGAUGCCAACGUUGGUUUAAUUGCUGCCACCUCAGUGCUUGGUGCUCUCUUCCUUAUCAGCACCGGGUUUGCAAUGUUCCUGUACUUCCGAUAUGUACGACCCACGCGAAGCACUCCCGGCAACCCAUCCGAUAUUGUUCAGCUGGAAAAUGAUUUCGACAUAUCGCCACCUCCCUCUCCUCCCACGCUGGGAGCGAAGAAAACGGCCGACGGUUCAUUGUCAGAUGAAGAGCGGAAAAUUUCAAUUCAGAUUACAGGAAUUACAAAUCAAGAAUCCGAGGACUCGAAAGUACCCGAUCGACUGGUUCGCUCCCUCGAAAGCCAACUCGAGCGAGUAAACGAGAACGAUACUGUCUCUUCGAGAGCAACACUCGAUGAGCCGAAGAACGUCAAGUUCAACGAACUGGUCGAAAGAAUCGAGGUUGUCGAGCACCGCCGUCAGUCCGGUUUGGAUGGUGACGACGAUUCGAUCUACAACGAACGUUUGUAG